AUGAGUCGCUGGCGCCGUUCGGUGGACGAGCUGGCGGCACGGCGGCGGCAGCAGGGUGAGUGUGAGCGCGCUCAGGAAGCUCUCAGUCGGGUCACUUCCUGUUUCCAGCAGCUGGCAGCAUCGCUCGGCAGCUCGGCCGACUGCAGCUUCCUGCGAGACGAGAUGGACGAGAUGAGAGCGCUCGCACAUCGAAUCUGCAGCGGUCUUUCCCAGCGUCUGGUGCGUCUGCUGUCCGACGGUGACUCCGUCCCCUCGGUUGUGGAGGACAGACAGGUGUCGGAGCGUCUGUGGGUUCUCUUCCUGUCAGCAUUAGAGAACUUCCUGUCUGACCUCCACAAGGCCUGCGAUCUGCUCGGACAGUUCCCUCUAACCCAGCGCUAUGACAGACGCUCGCUGGUCAACACAGGAUGUAUUGAUGGCAUGGUGGGUGUGGCAGCACGAGUGGCUUCAGUCCAGGUACCAUGGCUCACCUUAGAGGAGGAGCCGAGCCCAGAUCUGAUCAAUCACAUCGCAGGACUGGAGGCCAUGCUGAGUGAGAUGCAGCUGAAGGUUCCUGUCGCAUUCUGGUCGGUGGAGGCGACUCAGCCUGCAUGGGCUGAGGUUCAAGGUGAACUGGACGAGCCGGACGACAGCCUGGAGGACCUGAUGGAGGUGGAGGUCGUCUCUGACAACAAGAUGUCAGCCUGCUGCCAGCCGUCAUGCUGCACGCUGGGCUGUGUCAAGUAGAAGAGGCCUGCGUGAGUCCUUGAGGUUGUUGAGGAAGACUAAAAUAUGUUCCAGACUAUAUGUGAUCAACUCGACAGGGUUUCUGGUUUAACGUCCGGACAUCAGAUCUGCUGUAAAUAAAUAAAUAAGGUGAUCAGACUCAACUGCUGGACCUGUUCAGACUAAAGACAUUCAAGAAUCAACAGUCAGACAAACAUUCAGGCUUUCAGAGGUUCAACAUCAGGUGUCAUCUUAAGAAACCUCUAAUCCACCUUAAUCAUUAUUCCUGCUG